UCCUGGGUAACAACAAGGCUUAAGGAGGCUGCUGUCUCUUUAAAUGGAACGAGCUUGCAAGAUGCACCGAAACAGGAAGAGUUUGUUAAAAGCAAACAAUGAAGGAUCGGAGAAGUGGGAGAGCAUUCAAUAUAGCUACAAACAGGAGAGUGUAGCUUCUCCUUUUGGUACUUUCUUCAGCUUUUACUGUAUGACACAACUUUUACUUAGAAGGUUUAUCGUGGUGAAGUCCCCUUUCCUAAGAACAAACCAUCAGAAAAAAAGAGGGGAAACCAAAAAAGGGGGAACUUUCUAUACUAAAGCAGACAUUGCUGGAAUCUGAUAGAACAAUGAGAGAUUCCCAUCCCAGUUGGACCUGCUUGUCUUACAGCCUGUUGACCUUUUCCUUGCUUUGUGUAACAGCUGAGAACCAAUGUAAGAUCGGAAAUCAAGUGGCUGAUUGCAGUCAUCUAAAGCUGAAACAAAUUCCUUCAGAUCUCCCAAUUAAUAUAACAGCGUUGGACAUUUCUCAUAACCAGCUAAACAAGCUACCACCUGCAAAUUUAACAAAGUACAGCCAGCUUAUUUACUUGGAUGCAGGAUCCAACUCCCUCUCUAAACUUCAGCCAGAACUGUGCCAAACUUUGCCCCUGUUGAAAGUUUUGAAGCUGCAACAUAAUCAGUUGCAUGAGCUCACUGACAAUGUUUUUGCUUCCUGUUCCAGCCUGACAGAGCUCAAUUUAGGGUACAACAUAAUAAAGAUCAAAAGCAAUCCUUUCAAAAACCUGAAGAAUUUGAACAAACUGGAUGUAUCUCAUAAUCGUUUGCUUUCUACAAAAUUAGGAUCUCAGCAACAGUUGGAGAGCCUUCGUGAGCUCGUGCUAUCAGAGAAUAAAAUCACUGAGUUAAAAAAGGAAGAACUAGAUUUUCUUAGCAAGACUUCCUUAAAUAGGCUUGACUUAUCAUCAAACCCACUGAAAGAGUUUCACACAGGUUGUUUACAUGCAAUUGGAAAUCUGUAUGGCCUUGUGCUGAACAACGUUGAGCUUGGCGAAAAUCACACAGAGAAACUUUGCUUGGAAUUGUCAGGCACAAGAAUUCAGAAUCUGUCACUGAGCCAGGUCCAGCUUUCUUAUAUUUACAAGUCAACCUUCCACGGACUGCAAACAACAAACAUCACAGCUUUAAACCUUUCCAAAAAUUAUUUGAACAUGAUAGACAAUGACUCUUUUACCUGGCUUUCAAACUUAGAGAAUUUAAACCUAGAGGAUAAUAGGAUUUAUCACUUAUCUUCUCAUUCAUUGUAUGGAUUGUCCAAUGUCAAAUAUUUGAAUCUGAGACGGUCACAUGUCAGAAAAAUUGAUGAUUUCUCCUUUCGUUGGCUAAGCCAUUUAGAGUAUCUUCUUAUAGAUAGUAAUAAUUUUCAAGCAAUUACUCCUAAUAUGUUCACAGGCUUGGACAAUCUGAAAUAUUUGAGUCUAUGUAACUGGACCAAUGGCUUACAAAUAAUAACUAAUAAAACAUUUUCAUCACUUGCUAAUUCUACUCUGCAGUUUCUUAAUCUUACAAAAAGUAGAAUCACAAAAAUAGAAAGUGGAGCAUUUUCUUGGUUGGGACACCUAAAAAUUCUUGAUUUGGGACUCAAUGAAAUAAACCAAAUGCUCACAGGUCAUGAGUUUAAAGGUCUGCAAAAUAUUGAGGAUAUCUACCUUUCCUACAACAAACAGUUGACUUUGACAAGCGAAUCGUUUGCUUUUGUUCCAAGCCUUAGAAAACUGAUGCUACGGAAGGUAGCUUGUAGCAAUCUGGACCUCUCUCCUUCACCUUUUCACCCUCUACGGAAUCUAACCAUCCUGGAUAUCAGCAACAACAAUCUAGCUAAUGUAAAAGAUGAUUUGUUUGAUGGACUUCACAAACUUGAAAUUCUGGAUUUGCAACAUAAUAAUUUGGCUCGACUUUGGAAACAUGCCAAUCCGGGUGGCCCUGUCCUUUUUUUAAAAGAUCUUCUUAACCUGCAUAUACUUAAUUUGAAGUCUAAUGGCUUGGAUGAGAUUCCAGUACAAGUUUUCAAGGGAUUGUUUCAAUUAAGAAGCCUGGAUUUAGGAUCAAAUAAUUUGAACUUGCUUCCAGCAUCUUUGUUUGAUGACCAGAUAUCUCUGAAUUCAUUGAUCCUUCAAAAAAAUCUUAUAACAUCUGUUGAAGAAAAAGUGUUUGGGACAGCUUUCAAGAAUCUGAAAGAACUAGAGAUGGAUUCCAAUCCAUUUGACUGCACCUGUGAAAGUAUCUCCUGGUUUGUUAGUUGGCUUAAUGUGACCCAAACAAACAUACCUGGAUUAGAUACCCAUUACCUUUGCAACACACCACCUAAAUAUCAUAGUAAUCUGGUGAUGCAUUUUGACAUUUCACCCUGCAAAGAUAGUGCCCCUUUUAAAUUACUGUAUAUAAUAAGCACCACUGUGAUAAUGCUCCUCCUCUUUAUUGUUAUUCUUAUCCAUUUUGAAGGCUGGAGGAUAGCAUUUUACUGGAACGUGUCAGUAAAUCGAGUACUUGGUUUUACAGAAAUAGACAGGCAACAGGAAGAAUUUGAUUAUGAUGCCUACAUUAUUCAUGCAAGAAGGGACAGGAAUUGGGUGUCCAAGAACUUCAUUCCUCUGGAAGAAAAUGAUCAGUCUCAAAUUAGGUUUUGUUUAGAGGAACGAGACUUUGAAGCAGGCAUAUCUGAAUUUGAAGCCACUAUUAAUAGUAUAAAAAAAAGUCGGAAGAUUAUCUUUGUUGUCACUGAACAUCUCUUAAAAGAUCCCUGGUGCAAAAAGUUCAAGGUGUACCAUGCUGUCCAGCAAGCUGUUGAGCAAAGUCGGGAUUCCAUCAUACUGAUCUUCCUUCAUGACAUUCCAGAUUACAAACUGAAUCAUGCACUUUGCUUGAGAAGAGGAAUGUUCAAAUCUCGCUGCAUCUUGGAUUGGCCAGCUCAGAAAGAACGGGUCAGUGCAUUUCAUCAGCAAUUAAAAAUGGCACUUAAAUCUAGCAGCAACAUGCAUUGAAUUUCUAAAGUAUAAGAUUGAACUGAUAGGACACUUCAUUUCAGACUGACUAAAGGAUAAGAGUCCUUAUGGGGAAAAAUUAAACCAAUCCACAGCAACUCCUCUAUUUUUCCUAUUAUGUGUUUUUAAUUGGUAAUUGUUCUUAUCCUUCGUAUAUUGUUUCACCUGUAUUUUGAGUUCAUAAAAUGGUCAUGAUGGACACACAAAAUAGGACCGACAAAUCUUUCAAUCUGUGAUCAUAAAGAAUCAGCUUAUUUAAAAUAGAGCAGAAAUAGAGUGAAGAAAGGGGUGGUGAGAAUGAGUAGCGGCAUGGUAAAUUUCCAUAUGAAGGGGUGCUGAAAAGACUGGGACUGUUUACUUUAAUGUGAUACAGAUAUACAAAGUAAUGAAUGCUAGAGAGGGAGUAUGCGCCUGGACAUGUAGACCUCAUGUUAAUUCCUUCAGUGUUGGAAAGGGCUGCCUGCAGGCCCUCUGGAUUAAGAUGAAUUUCAAGCAAUGUGAGAGGAUCCAGAACUUCUCUCCUGCUUCCUAAUUCUAAUAGUCUUCUAUCUAGAUGCCUCCCCUCUAAAAUAGCUUGAAUUUAGGGCAUCCCGAAAGGAAAUAUUUUAGUAUUGUAUAAAUUCAAGAACAGUAAAUUGAUUAUUUCUAGUCCUUAAUUUUUUUUUCAAAUGAAAGAUGAAAUCUGAUAAAUAUUGCUUCCAUAGCAGAUAGUUAUUAUCCAAAAUGCAUUUUCUGGGUAUAAGGACCUUACCUUGCAAAAUUCUAAGCUGUGUACUUUUUUUCUUUUUAGUUCUACCUUUGGUUUUUCCACUUAAAAUGAGUUGGAGAAAAGUGUUUAAAUAAGAAUGGCAUACUGGUACCAUGUGUCUUGUAAACAGUACAAUUAAUAGUCAAAGGGAAAAUGAGAGCCUUAACAGUGACUUGACGAGAGCGCACUCACAGCUACCCGUUAGGCAGAAUUUGAUGGAGGAACCAGGCUAUUGCUCUGACAGUACUGAACAUUGAUGCCCUAAUUCCCUGCUCUCUUGUACCAGGCUACUAUUCUGAUUUGGUGAAGUCUCAGACUCAUUUGACACAGGUAUAAAUGACUAUACAAACUGCAAGGUAGUGAAGAAUCAGACCCUAAAACUUUUAAACCCUUUUAGGGACAAAUCUUCCUUCUCCCAUAAUGGAAGGCCCCUCUAAGCAGAGAAAUUGGUAUGGUUCUGCUGCGUUGGGUGCCUAGACCAUGGAAGUCUAUGUAAGGGGUAUAUACCUUCUGUGGUGCUAGGAGUCCAGCUUCCCAGCCAUGUGGGGAUGAUUCUUUCUACCUUGGUCUCCAUGGAUUUCACUGAUAUUCAGCCUGCUAGUUGUGAUGUGCACUGAAUGGGGCCUUCAUGUUUUUGUACAGACAUAAUCACAUACUAUUCAAAAUACAAUAUGUCUCUUUAAGAGGUUGUAGCUUUACCUAGAAAUCUAUUACUAAAACAUAGGAAAAUUCUUGUGGAUUAUAUCAGUGAAAGAAAACCACAGCAUCCCGAUUUGCAUGACAUUUUACAUGCACAUAAAUCUUAGUGUGAACGACAGCAACAGUCAGCUCCCCUUCUCCUGCUGCCAGCUUGCAUCAAAUGGCAGCUAAAAAUACAUGCCUAUUUAAGUAUGCAAUUUCUUUGUAUGCCACAGGGAAACUAUGGGGCUAUUACUAGCAAAGGAGGUGGCUUGUAUGAUAGCCAAUGAUAGAAGAGGUGGUCCACAUCACAAUCUUUCUAUUGAAAUUUGAUGCAUGUUGAGGGGCGGUGAGGGGACCUUUGAGGAACCCUGAACUAAGAAACAGACUCUGGUUGAAAUGGGUAGACUUAUCUAGCAGGGUGCUGGUACAGAAGCACCUAAUUAGCCCCUGCCCAGUCAGCUCCAAUCAGGGGAAACAGAUUGGGGCUGAUGGAAAAGGCCUGAUGCUGGCCUGAGGAUUGGUGACACUUGUUGGCCUGACAAGCCAAAAGGCUGGGAGGGAGCCAGGGAGAAGUCAGUCAGUCAGGCUUCCUAGCUGAAGGCUGCCUCUGCCUGUAAAGGAGGUGACUAAUCCUACAAGACUUGUAUAUAGAUACCCACUGGUGGUGGGAGAACCUUAUAUAAAUAAAGACGUGUGUUUCACAACCCGGAAGCCUCUCUGAGCCUUAUUGGGGGCAGCAAGCGGAACCCAGGAAGAAGGGUAGGACUUGAACCCUGUUACAACUUUACAUUGGAUUUUUAACUCUUUUUUUUUUCCUUGUAGUUUUCAGAUAUUGCUAUUUUACCAAUAUUACUAUUAUUUCUUAGUGUCCCUAAAAAAUAUCUAUAGGUACCCACGUCUGGCUCUGCGGCCCUCUCCCAUAAAUUAGAAAUAUACAAAUGAAAGCGUCUCAUAUUCAUCCACCAAAUCCUCAGCCCAUCCCCUCUUCAAUAACCUGAGAACAGAUGGGUUCUGCAGACUUCCCAAAUACAGGAUCUGGUGGACCAAAGGGAAAGUAGGUCCCAAAGUGGAGUACCCUUUUCAGAGAACACGCUGACAGCAGCUCCCUUUCAUUUACAUUGAGGGUGCUGAGACAUGAGUAUUCAUGUUGAUCUCUACAAUGGCUUAUGGCGGGGAAAGAGAGGUGAUUUCUUAGGUAACUGUGUCCCAAGCUAUUUAAGACUUUAUAGGUUAAAACUAAUACCUAGAAUUCCACCUAGAAGAUUAUUGUGAGGCAGCAGAGAUCUUGGAGUACUAUUUAAUAUGCUUUAAGGUGCAGCUCCACUGAAUAAGUAGCCCACCACAUUGUGCAUUAGCUUCAGCUUCUGACAGGUCCUAAGGUAGCCUCCCAUACCGCAUAUUACAGCAAUCUAAUCUUGAGGUAACAAAGGCAUGAAUAGCAGCAUCAGAGAGGGAAGGCUGCAUUCUUCUCACCAGGCUCAGACAGAAAAGUGCCAAUGGUUGCAACCACUAUCUGAACAUCCAAGAGCAGCUCAGGAUUUAUCAACACUUUUACAAAUGAUCACCCUCAGUGAUGGGGUGCUCAUAUAAAUUCUGCUAAGCCAUAUGGCUGUUUCCUCAUCCCACCCUCCUAUCUGUGCCUUGUCUAGAUUAAAUCACAGCCAACUCUCUCUCAUCCACAUCCUAACUUCACCUGAGAUAUUGUGUAGUUCACUGGGUAACUUAUACUUGGCUGGAUCACUCAUGACUGAGACAGAGAGCUGGAUGAAUGCAUUGUGGCCUAUAUCAUAUAGCAAGAACUAAACCAUAUGGGUGCACAAUGCACACAAACUAAUUAUUCUAGUAACCUCUGCAGGAAACUCAUAAAUAUUCUCCUGAAAAAAGAUAUUCAUGGGCAAAACAAACUCCCAAAGCAAGCAUAUGGAAGGAUAUUUUUUCAUGCUCAUAAUUAAUAAUUUCUAUGGAUUAACCUGCUUGGUUGAACUUCCUCCCACUCUGAUACCAAAAUGUAUAUGAAUAUAAAUUGUCUAUAUACAAAAUGUACUAUAAAAUGUUUUGUGGGAGGCACCUCUGCUAGUCUACUUGAGCUCAACAUGGAUUUAGGAUCGCCCAAAGAUUCUGAAAGUUUUUUAAAAUUAAUGAGUCAAAAUCACAUUUGAUUUUAUAACUGAAAUAUGACCAACAUUUUCUCUCAUCUGUAAUAUAAAUAUCUUUUUUCUAUUUGAAAAAUAAUUGUCAUUAUAUUGCAAUAUAAUGACGUGAGCACACUAGGAGAGUCAAUUAAACUUUAGCAUUACUCUAUGGUAUGUGUAUAUAUUCAAAGUAAUAACUGCUUAGUUUAGGGACUAAAGUGAGGGUUUUGUUUUACUCCUGAAGAUCUGCAAAACUAAGAAUAAACUGAGUUUUAUUCCUUCUUGUAAAUCAAAAGAAUUGUUCACUAAAUUGCAGUUACAAGGCCCAUCAGUUAUAUCUGUACAAACCAAAUGAAGGCAGUGAAAUUGGACAGGGGUUGCUGUGGGAUCUCUGUGUGACUAUGGGCACAAUUGCAUCACCAUCAUCUUUAUUACAAUGAAACAUGCAAAGGAAAGAAUUCAGGAUAACUGACUUGAACAGCAGAAAUAGUAAUGUGUUGCCUAUAUAAACAUUUUGUUAAUAUUGUAGCUGAAGACUGUAGAGCUGUAGAUGUGAGUGGGGAGAAAAAUCUUAAAAGUAAAUUAACUAUCCAGUUGUUUGUUCUAUUGAUUUUUGCUUUGGAUCUCUUUCUUUUGAUCCAUAAUCUUUUUUUCCCUUUGGCAGAAGGAAGGGAAGAAUUAUAAAUAAUACUAUAAUUCAACUGGGUGUGUACUGAACUCAUUUAUUUCUGCUUUAAUUGUAUGACUUUUACUACACCUCUACCCAGAUAUAACGCUGUCCUCGGGAGCCAAAAAAUCUUACCGCGUUAUAUCGAACUUGCUUUGAUCCACCGGA